GAGUCCCCAUCGCCCAUCGGCAAGAAUAAGAAAAGUUCCUAUUUCCUACAAAAAGGGAUUGAGUGAUUGACUAUUGAGUAUUGAGGGGUGAGUUGAGGUGAGGUUGAGCCUUGGCCCUUGAGGAGAAACAUUCAUCAAUUCAGCAGCACCAAACCAAGUAGUAAUGGCACGCGCACUCUCCUACAUCACCGGCUCCCAGCUUCUAUCCCUCAAGCGCCACCCUAACAUCGCCAUCGUCGACGUCCGGGAUGAUGAAAGAAGCUAUGAUGGGCAUAUAGCUGGUUCCCUCCAUUUCUCUAGUGACACUUUUUUGGAUAAAAUUCCUAAUCUUAUUCAACAAGUUCAAGGCAAAGAUACUCUCGUCUUUCACUGCGCUCUUAGCCAGGUUCGAGGCCCAAAAUGUGCGCGGAGGCUGUCAGAAUAUCUUGCUGACACAACUCAAGCUGCUGGAAUUAAAAAUAUAUUGGUUUUAGAACGUGGCUUUAAUGGAUGGGAAGCUUCAGGUAGACCUGUUUGUCACUGCACUGAUAAUCCCUGCAAGGCUGAAAUUGUGUAGCAUUAACUUCUAAGUCGCCAUAUUCUUAACCUAUCAGUCUUAUGGUUACUGGCUCACUGGUAUAAAGCUUUUGUGAAUGUUAACUAAACUAUACUGUCAUUGCUUACAGUUUUUUAUUUUCAGUUUACCUAAAAAAACGAUAAUUGUAACGCGGAAAGCUGUUCCAUCCCGGAUUGAAAUGGUAGGAGACUCCGGCAGUUCUAAAUUAGUAGUGCUCCUACAGUCUUGCUCUUGAA